AUGCUCCUGGUGAGGCUGAACUCCAUGGCGGAGGCCGAGUUUGAGGAGGAGUACAACAUCUUCAAUCAGAUAUGCUUCAUCGUCUACAUGUCUCACAAACAUCAGAUUACUUAUGUGGACUACCUCUACGAGCCCAUCAGGUUCCUUCUUGUGAGGUCGAGCAGGUAUUGGACUAUGCAGAAGUGCAAGAAGGUCAACGCCCAGUCCAUCAAGAUGCUCGAGCAGAUCGUGGCGGCUUCCGACAAGGCGAGCGAGAUCACAGACCAGCACAAGAAGCUUGCUAGGGACAUCAUCAAGUAUGGCCUGUCCCACAUUAAGAAGAUCCAUGCAUCCUUGAACCUUCUGAACAGCAAGGCACUAAACAAUGAUCCCCUGACCAACGCCAACCAAUGGUGCUGCCUUUGCCUCCCUACCCAGAGUUGCUGCCUCUGCAGGCACUUUGCCCAUGUGGGCAGGGCCAUGAAUACGCUUAAGGCCAGCAUGGGUAAGUUGGGUGGGAUGUAG